CCACGCAUACCCACUGCUAUGCUGAUAAUCUUAAGUUUUGUUAUUCAAAUGCCGCGGCUCGCUUUAUCUUCCUCUGAAUUUUAAUAUUUCUUUUCUUCCAUUGAAUUGGUCACCAACUAAGCUUCAACUCUGGAAGCUGCGUAGUAGGAGAGGUGUGAGUGACAGUCGCCAAUAUACAUAGGGCUAUCGGCAGUCUUCCGAAGUGUUACUGGUAACAAUGAAGGAGCACAUUCUCCCACCACCUGCUCCGGCAAACGCCCAGGAGCAGCAGAAAAGCCGCUGUCGAAUGGCAUCAUGGUACUCGAUUCGCACCCUAUGCGCCAUUCUGAUCAUAAACGUUUUCAUCUGGUUCCAUGGCUCCGCGUUCGUACCUAGGACACACCACAACUCAUCCGGUAAACAGACCGACCUGGAAAAGUUCGAAAAAUGCUCAAUUGACACUUUCGUCGGUACUGGCAUGGAGUUCCUCAAGACGGCGGAGCGUCCACCACUGGAAGAGUACGUCUUGCGACGCAACAAUCUCGCCAAAGCGCUCGUCGCCGACUCAGUAGAUGCAUUCGUGGUCGAGCCAGGCUACACCUUCAGCUACUACGCCAAUGUGACACAGCCUCAAUGGGAAGUCUGGGAGCCCGAGGAGCGACCUUUCCUCAUGGUGAUCCGACCAACGAAGAACGACGAUGGGGAGAUUGUGGCUAACACGACAUUCCUGGUCCCCAGCUUCGAGGAAGUGCGCGCCAGACUGUUGAAGAUGCCAUUUGAGGAGGAGAUUGAGGCGGUUCCGUGGGAGGAGCAUUGGAAUCCUUACGUUACGCUGUACACGAGCGGAAUCUGGGGUGAUAAGCUGAGCCCCGUCCUCAUGGUCGACGAGGAGAUCCGCGACUUCAUCCAACGAGGACUUGACAAUCACGGAUUCACCGUCGUAGGCCUUUCUGGCGAGGUAGAAGCCGUACGACAGAUCAAGACGGAGCGCGAAUUGGGCAUCCUCUCCGCCGUCAACACCGGCACCGUCGAAGCCAUCCGCGCCAUGCGAACCUGUCUCUACCCCGGCGUGACCGAGAACGAAGUAGCCGCUGUCCUAGACAACACCAUGCGCGCCGCAGGCUUUGAGCCCUUUUUCGACAUCGUCGAGUUCGGCAAGUCGGCAGCCCUCCCCCACGGCGGCCACGACGGCGAGCGCAAACUCGCCCCAGGCGACUUCAUCCUCAUCGACGUUGGCUCGCACCUCUACGGAUACUCCUCCGACGUCUGCCGCACCUUCUACCCAUCCUUCUUCCCCAACCCCCCACCGCCAGAAUACAACCUCACCGAGCACCUCGCCGUCUGGACGCUUGUCCUCGACGCACAGGCCGCCUCCGUGAAGGCCAUGGUCCCCAACGCGACCGCCGCAUCCGUCGACAUCGCCGCGCGCUCCAUCAUCUCCGCCGCCGGCUACGGCCAGUACUUCACGCACCGUCUCGGCCACUCCAUCGGCAUCAAGGCACACGAGUCGCCGUACCUCAACAAGGGGAACUUCGAGGCGAAGCUCAGGCCCGGCAUGGUGUUCACCAGCGAGCCAGGCGUGUAUGUUCUCGGAAAGUUUGGCGUCAGGCACGAGGAUAUCCUCGUUGUGAGGGAGGAUGGCGAGGCGGAGAAUCUGAGCGGUGGGUUUGCGGUUAGCCCUUGGGAGCCGUGAUUUUGAGAUGUGUCUGCUACUGCUCGACUAUUUCGUCCACCCAUUCAGUGGACAUUUUGGAGGGAGGGACGGAGGCCAAUAUAUUCGGAGAGAUUUGAUGUGCGGUGAGAAGCAGUCAGGAGGGAAAUCGUCUUUUUCCUUGAAAAGACAAAGAAAAGAAACGAAACGGAAAUUAAAAACAAUGUACACUACCGCAACGCAAAAUGUACUAGAAAAAGCAUAGAAAUUCCGAGUCAGGUGUCAUGUCCUGUAUGUAUAUAAAGCAUCAGCACG